AUGGCUGUCGCUGAAGAUGCGUUCAAACUCCUCGGUAGAGUUGCUGAUGCUUUUGACGAUCCUUCCUCUCAUGAGUCACGCAAAGACUUCCAGCGUAAACACCAUCAAGAUACGCAAGCCCCAGACAUCAGGAAAGUCAAGUUCAGCAUGCUUGCUAUGCCCGCUGCGAGCCCUCUUUCUUCAACAUCAGCUACAUCUAUGACUGAUGACGAACUCGCCGAUAUGGCAUCGAUGACUGCAAACCGCUCAUGCACGUCGUUGUCUGAGACAAUCAGAAGCCUCACCGGAAUGACCUCGCAUGUCAUAUAUCAGCCACAAAGCGUUUUCAUAUGUGUUGCACUGUUAGCCUGGUCUGUGCAUUUUCAUGCCAAUCUUAGGGCGGCUGCGUGGUGUUUUCAAACUCCUGACUCCUAUUAA